UCUACGUCCGCCAAGCCAGGCAUUCUAACAGGAAACACCGUCCAGAAUGCUAUCGAGCCUGCUCUUCCUUGUCGCAGCGUUAGUGUCGUGUUGCCACGGCCUAACGAAAUAUGAAAAACUGGAUCUGGCUCUGACGGAGCUGUUCAAGAAUGAAACCAUGGAAAUGUUAUGGAGACAACACUUGCAGCAGUUCCAGAACAAAGAGAGACGCAGUGUGGCUCAAUACUACGAUGACUUCAACUGUCACAAUAUUGGAUUGCCGCCGUCUCAUACCACGCCAACUUCCGUCCACAAGUUGACUCCAUGGGAUAUCACUGUGGUUGCGGCUAUGGGGGACUCUCUAACGGCAGGUAAUGGUAUCUCCGCCACCAGCUGGUUAGGUGUACUGACAGAAUAUCGAGGAAAAUCCUGGAGUAUUGGAGGGGACGGAUCUCUAGAUGAGGGCGUGGUCACUCUGCCCAAUAUCCUGAAGAAGUUUAACCCCAACCUGAAGGGGUAUUCUCUUAAUUUCGGCGACAGAAAUGGAGCGGGCGCCAAUCUGAAUGUGGCUGACCCAGGUCACACAUCAUACGACAUGCCCGAUCAGGCACGAAUGUUGAUCGAGAGGAUCAAAUCCGAGCCUGGAGUGAGCUUUCUCAACGACUGGAAAAUGGUGACUCUGUUUAUUGGCGGAAACGAUCUUUGCGAUUACUGCAACGACAAUGCCCGAUACAGCCCCGAUAACUACAUCAACAACAUCCGGACCGCACUAGAUAUUCUUCACGCUGAAUUGCCCCGCACUUUUGUCAAUGUUGUGGAAAUCUUUGACGUCACUCCUGUCGCUGCCCUCAGUCACGGCUUCUUUUGUUCCUUUGUAACGAGUUAUGCCUGUCAAUGCGGUAAGGAUCCAGCGGCCGUAGCAUCAGUCCGCCAGACGGCGCUUGACUACCAGUUUGAAACCGAGGUUCUAGUUGCCAGCGAGCGCUACAACACCCGUGAUGAUUUUACGGUGGUGCUGCAGCCAUUUUUCAGGACCACGGUACCGCCAAAUCAGCAAGGAACCAGCUCGCCUGACCUGUCCUACUUCUCACCAGAUUGUUUCCAUUUUAGCGAAAAGGGCCAAUACGCCGCAGCUCAUUCCCUGUGGAAUAAUCUGCUGGAGCCCAUUUCUAGGAAGGACGAGGCAUGGUACAUCAACGAACCAUAUCUAUGUCCUAACACUCACGCCACGGGGACAGGGCCAUACUUUGCAACGUCCAAGAAUUCGGCCAGCUACUCGCCAUAUUGUCUUUCGGCACUGGAAAGUCAAGUUGUCAUGUUAACUUCGCUGUUCAUCGUUACGCUGUGUACGUUCUCCAAUGUUGGAGCGUCCACGUGGUACGAUCGUUACGUGAAGUUUUAUAAUGAGACUAUACCUAACAACAGCACCCUUCUUCAGAUGUGGAAAGACCACGUGGCGGACUAUGAAAGACAGCAUGCUAAGCGGGCUUCCUACCCUAUCCCGGCGUUCACGUGUAACACAGGGACAUCCUCCCUCGGAAUAGAAGCGCGAACUGUACAUGAACUUCACCCGUCCGACAUUGAUGUGAUUGCUGCAAUGGGGGACUCCUUAACGGCUGGGAACGGAAUUGAUGCUCUCACUAUUUUGGGAGAUUUUACAGAAUAUAGAGGGCGUUCAUGGAGUAUUGGUGGAGAUGGUGACUUAAACAGUCGACUUACCUUGCCUAAUAUACUAAAACAAUACAAUCCUAACAUCCGUGGUUGGUCAACUGGGACCGGAAACGUGAAUAGCGCAGGCGCGAACCUGAAUGUCGCCGUCGCAGGAAGUGUCUCUUCGGACUUGCCAAAUCAAGCGAGGAUGUUAGUAAACAGAAUCAACAGCGAUUCGCAUAUCAGCGCUGCUACAGACUGGAAACUCGUUACACUGUUUAUUGGCGGUAACGAUCUGUGUGAUUACUGUACUGACACGGCUAAGUUUAGCGCUGACAACUACGCCAACCAUAUUGCGGAUGCACUUGACAUCCUCCAUGACAACCUCGCACGCACAUUCGUCAACGUUGUCCUCAUCUUCGACAUUGCACCAAUUGCUGCUAUGGAGGGUGGCUUCUUCUGCAACCUCGCCCACGAUCUUGUCUGUGCCUGCGGUAAGGACAAGAACAAUGCGGCGAUGUUAUACGAUGCGACCGUUGAAUAUCAAAUGGCAACAAUCGAGCUUAUCGCUAGUGGCCGAUAUGAUACUAGAGAUGACUUUACUGCUGUUAUACAGCCCUUCUUCAGUAACACUGUCCCACCCAAAUCUCCUGGGACAGAAAACGUAGACCUGUCCUAUUUCUCACCGGACUGUUUCCAUUUCAACGCCAAGGGACAUGCUGCUUCUUCACUGUCGCUGUGGAAUAACAUGGUUGAAACAUAUUCUCAGAAGAAGCAGGAGUGGCAUCUCAAUGAACCUUUCUACUGUCCAGGAAUGCAGCUUCUGGGUAUCGAUUCCGGUCCAUUUUUCGCAACAAACCAGAAUUCAAGAAAUCCGUAACAAUUAUUAUUUAUUUGAUAAUGUUAUCAAUAAAUCUUUGAUAAAAUGUA